GUUAGACCAAUGAAUCUGUACGUAGAAGACCUGCACCGCGCAGCAGCUGUGCUCGCUUCUGUUCGAUCUCGGUGAGGAUUUUUUACUCUUGGUUCAAUAGGGGUUGGGCGAGAUAUUGUUGAGCAACGACCGCAACUAUGAAGUACACGCCAAGGAGGAGAACAACCGGCCGCGGGAGCUGCGACUCCUGCUCGACGAACUUGUACUCGAGCUCCUGGCAGCUAUCGUCAUCCUGGAUUUUCUCCGGUCUUUCGCAGGCACUGACGCUGCACGGUGCUGCAGAUGAUUGUGAUUCUUUUUCCAGCACGGCAGGACCAACCCGAAACCGGGUGUUCCGAAAACAAGCGGUGAGGAAAAUCAUGGGCCGUGAGGACCGUUUGAAGCAGGGGAGAAUCACGACCGCAAGGAGCCCGGCGAACACACCAGAGCGGGGCACGACGCUGCUGCGCGCGUUCCUGCUGGCCGCGCCAGCGGUGUUUUUCUUGUUCUAUUACAGCCUUUCCGUUGUUGACCGCUCUUACUGGUGGUCGCCGCGGGACAACGACCACGCCGCAGUCUACAAGCACCAUCACCGCCCAGCGACGCGGCGAGGUUGGUUAUUCGUCACGGCAACCGAAGUUGCCACAUCAGAAAAGGAGAUGACGACCGAAGGUGUGCGAAUGCAGCACUGACAAGAGAGGAACAAGAAAAGGACAACGAAACGAGAAAAGCAGAAGAGGAAACAAGCAAUGAGGCGAAUCAUCAAGCAGAAGUGGAUCGAUAAUUUUCUCGACGGCGUUGCCGAGUUGCACGAUUCACAAGGUGGCACUCCAGAUACACAUAUCACGCAGCAGGAUUUGACGGAAUUUGACAAACACUAUGGAGAUGGCAACGGAUACGUGGAGUGGCACGAGUGGAAAGCCGCCGGAGGCACCCCGGCGACGUGGAUCGGGCUUGGUGAAGAAAAUCCGGACGCCCAUGACGGGACUGCGAGAGAUUUCAAAAGCAUCGAUAUAAGUAAAUUUCACCACCCGGCCUCCAUCAGUAACCCGGUUGGCUACAUACAAGCAGAGUACGGAAUGAUGGAACAGCAGGGGGACUACACUGAUCCAAACUAUGGGAAUAUACCGGAUGAUGUGUGGAAGUUUGAUCCUGUGCAACACAGUGACUAUAACGGCAUCAAUGGCCUGUACGAAGAUGACAAGAAGUUUCUGCACGCAGCGAUGAUCCAUCAUCCCGGUGGCGACCCCAAUUCCGUGUCCAUGCACGAGCUGCUGAGUCUAUCCCACAGAAAAAUACAGGCAGAUCAUGUUUGUAAUGCAAAAAUAAACAAAGACAAAGCAAACAAAAAAAAUCUGUCCUGCGUAUCCGAAGCAGCAUGCUAUGGGCCCCCCCAUGACAGAUUUUUCUGUGUGUUUGUUUUCGCAUUUUUGGACCUGCCCGCUUUUUUCUGUUGGAUAGAAUCUGUGCCAGGACUACAAGCACGGCGACGGACUGACCACGCAAGGGCUGCAGAACUGUGCGCUGGGGAUGUACGGGUGGGAGCUGCACGGGAACAACCUUUUCAAACUUCUGAAUGGGAUGCAGAUACACCACGGAGAUUCGAACGCAGGGCAUUUGGAGUGGAUCGGCGAGGACACGCUAGACAACCACCCAGGAAAUACCCUUGACGGAAAUGAGAAGUCUUUGUCGCUCCAAGAGAUUCAAGAAUUUCCCAAGACGACCGACUACACCGAAAAUAUGAGUGGAAGUAGCACAUUGCCUGCGCAAGGGGCGCCGGUCGGCGCGAGCGAUUUCCCAGGCUUCGGCGGCGCCGGUACAACAAGUAGCGACUCCUGGUGCUGAUACUGGUGUGACUGAUGCUGGUGCGAGUGGUGCUGAUACUGGUGGUGGUCUUGCUCCGAGUGGUCAAGAUUUGGCAGUUGGUGUUACUAUCCUCGGCGCCCCAGCAGUAUUGGGGGCCGGUCUCGCCAGUCUUGAAAAACCGCGUCCCCGACAACCGAAGGAACGCGAAAAAAGCUCGAAAAAGAAGGCCAGCGCCGGAGGAAGAAAGACCAGAGCCCCGCGGGCCCGCUCCUCUCUCCAGCUGGAGGAAGAAGAACACGCGGAGACUACACUGACCAUCACCGCAGAUGAGCAAACCAAGGGAGACAGCUACAUGCAACAGGCAGGGGAAGGGGCUG